CGAAACGAAACGUAAAGCACAGUGUUACAAUGUUAGUAAAACCGGCGUUAUUUUGUGCCUUGAUGGCUUUAGUGGCCAGCAAAUCGAGUCCAGGUGUUACGUUCAAAAAUGUCCUUGUUAGUGGUUACAGCAUGUACACUUACAAAUUCAACGUGACCAUAAAAUCAUCGAACAAUUUAAAAGAAAAUCUCCCAAAACAAGUGUUCGAUCGACUUGACAUAAUCAACAGCGAAAUCCCCGUCUUGUACAAAAAUUCCAUUUCGGAUCUCGAAGACUUGGACGAACUCAUUUUUGCGAAUAACGAGCUUUCGGACAUCCAGCCUGGAGCUUUCAAAAACGUCCCUCAGCUGCGCAAAUUGGAAAUACGAAACAACAAAUUGGAAGAAAUCAAAAUUGGAGUUUUCAACAAUUUGAACAUUGCCACUUUGGAUUUGAGUAACAACUCCAUAAGUACGAUAGCUUCGGGCGCUUUCGACGACAUGCCCGAGCUUUUGAAUGUGAACCUUGCCGACAACCGGGUGAAGAUUUGGAACAAGAACUGGUUUGCCAACACCCCACUGUUGGCAAGGGUCUCGUUCCAGAAUAAUUUAAUCGAGGAGAUUCCGUCAAACGCUUUUCGACAUUUCCAGGGCGAGAAGCAGUUCGGUUCGGUGCCUUUGACCAUCAAUAUAGUGCUGAGCCACAAUUUGAUCAAACAUAUCCAUAACGACGCCUUCAAGGGCUUGGAGAAGAUUAACAAUUUGUGGUUAGAUGGUAACGAGUUGAGCGAAUGGGACGAAAAUUUGUUAACCGGAGUUUCGGUGCAUGAUUUAAGAAUUGAUAAUAAUAAGUUGGAGUGUCUGGACGGUAAUUUGGACAAGGUUUUCGUCGCUGCUACAACUCAUAUCGAUGGUAAUCCGUGGGAUUGUGGGUGUUUGAAAAAUAUUGAUUUGUGGGCCUCUAAAGCAACGCAACACGUGGUUAUGAUUUAUUCAAAAAUGAACUGCGAUGCUGAACGAAUCGCUCGGAAAUUGGACGCUUUGGACCUCCGGCUCAAGGAAUUGAGGAAAAAUAAUACUGACGUAAUGUAAUUGUCUUGUUUACAAUCGUAAUUUCUUAUUCUUGUUAUGUAAAUAAAUAAAAGGCAGUCGAGUUGCA